GAGGAAUUGUCAAAACGCCGGACAGAAAUCAGCUGUUGCUCAGCCAGUGUCAAAAACCAAGUAAAUUUUCAUUUCCUUAUUGUUUUCAAAUUUAACUGGGGAAAAUGGAAAAUACAACAAUUUAUAAAUGCAGGCUGUGCUUGAGUAGCACAUCAAACAAAAUCGAUGUCUUUAAACAGGAUUUCCCCAAAAUGAUAGAACUGUUAACCGGAAUAAAGGUUGAUGCUAAUGAUGGUCUCCCAAAAGAGUCAUGCUUAAAUUGCGCUAAAGACGUAAAGUUCUGCAUGUCCGUUCGCAAACAGAUCCUCCAGUCCCAUAAAGUGAUGAUUAAGCAGCUCUUGGAGCAAGAUGUGUUUGGUAGCGGUCUGAUAAAACAUGAAACGUCCACCCCAAGCAGCGGCACUAGUCAUAGAUUGGCAGUAAAGAAGAACCAACAGCGGAUAAGAUCCCAAACUCCCGAUAGUACCACAGACGAGGAAGAUCUGGCUAACUGUAAUUACAGUGACAAUGAAAGUAUUUCGCUUAAAGAGGACGAUGUACCCGACUGUGGCUCGCUUGGAGAAGAUGUCGUAGAAAACAUCACCCUUAUUCAUGAGUAUCCUAAAUCCGAAGUAGAUCAAUCCGUCAAAUGUGAAGAAACAGAGACCACUAAACUAGAGGUGAAGACUGAACACACUGCAGACAUCAAAGAGCCGUUAUCGCUACCGCCUUUAUCCCCUGAGCGACUACUGAGAAAACGAAACAUGAUUGCGGCCAGUAACAGAUUCCUCAAGCAAGAAAAUUCGAUGGGCGAUAGAAGAUACUCAAACGUUAUAUUUGUAAGAAAAUCAAUGAGGGAUCGGUUGAAGAAGCAAGCCGAUGCCCCAAAAAUAAAAAAGCAACGACAGCCAGAUGACUCGAACGUGAUCUGGAAGAAUGGGAAGAAAUACGCGGCGUGUGAAAUUUGCAAAAGAGAGGUGAAGAAGCACUAUUUAAAACAUCACAUGACCACGCAUUUUCCAGAGCAUUUCAGUUGCGAUGUUUGCGGCGUGACCACAAGGAACUUGCGCGGUUUGAGGUACCACAAACUCUAUUGGCAUUCAUCCAAGCUGGACUAUAUUUGCGACAAGUGCGGCAAAAAGUAUCGCUCCAAGCAUGCUUUGGAUUUGCACAACAAAAAGGAACACGGAGGCAUACGGGAUUUGGAGUGCAAUAUUUGUGGCAAGAAGUUUUUCCAAAAAAUGCAUCUGAAGAGGCAUGUGGAUGGAAUCCAUAAAAAGCUGCGCCCACACAAGUGCGAAUAUUGCGGAAAGGACUUCACGAAGCGAACCCAUUUAGUCACCCACUGGAGAACGCACACAAAUGAAACGCCUUAUGGUUGCGACAUGUGCGGGGAGCGAUUUAAGUUGAAGCUAUCGCUUAAAAACCAUCUGAGGAGAGUUCACAACUACGAGGAAAAGGAAAGGGUGUUUUGCGACGUUUGCAAUAGGGGCUUCGCCACUGAACAGGGGCUGAGGGCCCACAUCAAUUCCAGGGUGCAUGAAGGGGAAAAGUGCCAAUAUUGUUCCGAGUCGUUUACUCCAGAAUAUUUAAAAACCCACUUGCGGGAAGUCCAUUUUCAGGUGGAUUUCUACUGAAUUGUAUUUAUUAUAAGACGCAAAACUAUGAUAUUACAGUGUAACUAAUUA